CUAGUGUUGAUCUGGUGCUCUCUCACUCUCUCUCUUUCUCUCUCCCUCCUUCUCUUCCUCUUUCUCUCCUUCUCUCCCUCAGACACAGAGCGCUCUGCUCAUCGUCAGCUCCCUUUUCCCCCUUUUACUUAUUUAAUUAUUAUUCUAAUUAUUUCUCCUUCAUCAUGAAGUGUCUAAAAGGCAGCUUCAUCGCCGGCAGCGUCAUUGGUGCGCUCGCAUGUGCACUCGGACUCAUCCUCAUUCCGGUGGGAGACUCUGUGAUUAAGACCACUGUCAAGAAGGAAGCCGUGUUGGAGGAAGGAACCACGGCGUAUGAAAACUGGAUCUCGACCGGUGUGCCGGUGUACAGACAGUUCUGGCUGUUUGAAGUACAGAAUCCAGACGAGGUGCUGAAAAACGGCAGCAUCCCUCAACUCCAGCAGAAAGGACCGUACACGUACAGGACGAGGUACCUCCCCAAAGAGAAUAUAACGUUCUACCAGAACCACACCGUGUCCUUCCUGCUGCCGUCAGGAGCCAUCUUUGAGCCGAGCAUGUCUGCAGGAACAGAGGAGGACGUGGUGACCACACUGAACCUCGCUGUGGCUGGUGUCUACAGUCUGUUGAGCCACGAGGUGGCUAAUAUGAUGAUCCAGAUGAGCGGCUCAUCUCUGUUUCAGACAAGAACCGUGAAGGAGCUGCUGUGGGGCUACAAAGACCCCAUGCUGUGGGCAAUGAUGGGAGCUUUUUACCCGUAUAAUGGAACAUACGAUGGACCCUACAACGUCUUCACAGGAAAAGAUGACAUCAGGAAAGUUUCCACUGUUGACUCCUGGAACAACGAGCAGAUUUUGUCCUACUGGAAUGAUACGUACUGUAAUAUGAUAAACGGCACAGACGGCUCGUCCUUCUCUCCGUUCCUGGAUAAAAAGACGCCGUUGUACUUCUUCUCCUCAGAUAUCUGCAGGUCGGUCUCGGCCGAGUUUGAAAGCAGCGUGGAUCUUAAAGGAAUCACGGUGUACCGCUACAUGCUGCCGCCUCAAACCUUUGCUUCCCCGUUGGACAAUCCGGGCAACCGCUGCUACUGCACCAACUACCAGAUCACCAGGAACUGCACAGUGGCCGGCGUCCUCGAUAUCCAGGCCUGCAAAGGGGCUCCCGUUCUCAUUUCCCUCCCUCAUUUCCUCCAUGGCAGUAAGGAGCUGCUAGAUCUAGUCCAUGGUCUAAACCCAGACCCUGUGGAGCACGCCACCUACCUGGACGUAGAACCGAUCACAGGCUUCACGCUGAGGUUCGCCAAACGCCUUCAGGUCAACAUGAUUUAUGGCCCGUCCAAGGACAUCAAGAUCCUGAAUAAAAUAAAGGAGACUACAAUCUUUCCCCUCCUGUGGUUAAAUGAGACGGCAUCGCUCGAUGAUGACACGGCGAAGAUGAUAAAGGCGGAGCUGUUCUCCAGGAUGGACACGCUGGAGACGGUGCAGAUUGUUCUGAUUUCGGUCGGAGCGGUGGUGCUGGUGCUGUGUCUAAUCGGAGUGUGUGUGGUGAACCGCCGCAGUCGGUUCGUAGCAUAAAUGCGCCACAAGUUUCUAAUUAACAUCAGGACUGUAGCAAAAGCUCCAGCUCAGGAAACGACCAACACUACCACGACGACACCGUGCUACACCACCAGGGGGUGCUAAAGUCUCAGGAGACUCACUUUCCUUGUUCAAAUUUUAUUUAGGGAUUGAAAUGGACCAAAUGUUCCACAAAAUUGUAGCGACUCAGAGACCAAGACUCGCAAAGCGUGUGAGGUUAUUUCGACCUGGAGCUAACAGGCUAACAGCUAACGCAGGAAAGCAUUAUGGCUACCUGAUUAGCAUUAAUCGAUCUUUUUUGUGCACACAGACGUUUAAUUCAUGUGUAUAACUGUGCUAUUUGUUGUAAUCAGGUGUAAACUCUCAGAUCUCCUGAGGCGAGUGUGAGAUGAUUCACACGUACAACCUUCAAUGCUGUAUUUUUUUUAUAGUACUUCAUAUUCAGUGCUGUAACAAAAGAACUCUGUAAAGAAUGAACACAAAAUAUUACAUUAAUUAUUAUUCCAGUUUUGAGAUCAAUAAAAGGAACGAUGGGGGAAAAAAAUGCAUAUUUCACACUUUUAAAAUUAUUUUAUUUAAUUAUAUUUGCCUAAAAACA